AUGCCGCACGACGAGCGCCGUGAGAAGGUGGCGCGUCGCGCUUCAAACUUGUCUGAGUACGAUCUCUCGGCGCUUCUGGACUCCGACCACGUGCGCUACGUGCAGUCCCGCCGCGAACUUUUCUGCAGCGCCUUCUACCCGCUGUCGGACGGCGAGAUCCGCGCGCUGGAAGCGAACGGCAACUCCGCUAAGAACUGGCAGAAUGUGUGCAAAACUGACCCAAACGCUCCGCUGGAGACGUCGUGCAUUCGCCAGUGCUCGUUCCAUGGGAAAGUGGCGCUCGGUCGCUUCUCGGCCUCGUUUAGCCACGACGUAGACGGUAUCCCGUUCCCGUGCGGCGUCUAUAACUCAGCACUCAGCAACGUGGUGGUAUUGGAUGACGCGCUAGUGAGGGACACUCUGGUUCUUCGAAACGUACUCGUCGACUCUCGGGCAUUGAUCAUAAAAUGUGGCAGCGUCGCGGGUCCCGAGGACGGCACAGUUUCUGCCAAUGGCAACUUACUCCACGUCGGAGUUGAAAUUGGCGGUCGCGACCUCCGUGUAGUUGCAGAUCUCCCCUUUUCUCUGGGAGCAGCAGUUGCCACAACAAGAGGAGAUCGCGACUUCUUGAAGACAUACGACGCCUUCGUGGACAACUAUGUGGCAGCAGUGAAAGCUCCAAUGGCCAUUGUGGCCAAGUACUCGCGGGUACGUGGGUGUCCCCGUGUUCAAGGGACUUUUGUGGGUGGAUAUGCCGUCCUGGAGGACAGCGAUGUCACCAAUUCGACCAUCUUAUCGACGAAAGAGGAGCCAUCUGUCGUCAGAAUCAAGAGCAUCGUCCAUGACUCGAUCGUACACUGGAACUCGACUGUCGAGUCGCUCAGUGUGGUUGAAGGUUCCUUCUUGUGUGAUACGUCGCACGUGGAGCGUCAUGGAAUUGUCGUGAGCUCCGUGAUUGGACCCAACACUUGUGUCGCUGAAGGAGAAGUGACGUCCAGUUUUGUGGGUCCAUUUGUGGGGUUCCAUCACCAGGCACUUUUGAUUGCCUCGAUCUGGCCACAGGGCAAAGGAAACAUCGGCUAUGGAGCGAAUGUCGGCAGCAAUCACACUCUGAAGGCCCCCGACCAGGAACUCUUUCACGGUGAAGGUGUAUUCUUUGGACUGGGGUGCAACGUCAAGUUCCCCAGUAACUUCGUCAAGGCGCCGUAUUCCGUGGUCGCAACUGCGGUCAAUACGCUGCCGCAGUUGGUGACGAUGCCUUUCGCUCUGAUCAACACGCCAGGUCACACCAUCUUGUCGCUUUCUCCAGCGAUCAAUGAGAUUACUCCGGGGUGGGUGCUCUCUAGCAGUGUGUUCACUGUUCUUCGGAACGAGCACAAGUUUCGCUCGCGCAAUAAAUCCAAGCGCACGUACAUCGAGGCAGCCAUUUUCCGCCCAGAGAUCAUCCAGUACAUGAAAGAUGCGCGUGCAGAGCUUAAAGCUGCAGAAGGCAAGGCGAAGAUGAACCUCCCGAGCGGUGAAGCUGUGUACACUGACAAACAAGUGCGAGGUUUGGGAAAGAAUUACAUGCGUGAAUCAUCCCGUCGAUCGGGGAUCUCGGCGUACACCUUCUUCAUCAAGCUUUACGCUCUCGAUGAGCUGCUGAAACUUGUCGAGAGUGGCUACGUUGCUGUUGACGGUACUAUUGGGUCCGUGGACAGUUCUCGCUAUGAGCUGGCAACGUUGGCGGAGGAGUUUGACGCAAAGAAGGGUAUUCGUGAAUGUCUCAGUGAUCUCGUCUUGAUGAGGGCUGACGUCGCAAAGAAGGCAGCGGACGGCAAGGCACGCGACGAUGUGCGUGGCCAACGGAUCAUCCCCGAUUACUCGGAUGUGCACAAGCCGGCGGACAAUGAAGCUGUGGUUCUUCGAGCUCAAAGGUCUGCAAGCAAAAUUAAACAGCGUGUGGCUGCCUUCGUAGCGCGUGUGUGAUUUAGCUGAGCGAUAAUUAAUAUAUACGCUGGCUCUACUGAUGAGACGAACAGCCAUCGUCUAUUC